AUGGCCGCCGCCGUUCUCGCACCUCCUGCCCCUCUCCACCCGGACCCAGGCGCGCUGUACGACUCGGACGACUUACUGGCGCUGCGAGUACUCGACGGUGCAGGUGCGGAACUCCAUAGCGCAGACUACACCGAUGACCUCGAGGACCUCGUCUCCCUUUCUGUCGCACAGCACCUUCGCUCCAAGCGCUCUCACCAAGGACUGCUCUCGUCCCGUCCGUCGACGAUUCUCCCAGCUUCGGAUCGCGACUCGACCACCCAGAAUUAUCCUCGUCCCAACCCAGUCAACACGGCAGUGCAGAGCUUCGGCUCUUCUGUACGUCAGCAAGACGAGUCCCGUCCUCUUGCGAUCGAACGUGGCGGACAGCGAAGCCUUGUCACUCUCGACAGCUCGCGCGAAGCGUCCGACGACCAGUCGCGGCCUUCGCCAGAUCGACCACAGGCGCGUCACAUAGGCAGCAACAGUCCGACUGAGGCGGAGCCGGCAGAAGCGGAAUGGGAAACGCUGCAGGUCGGCGGGACGUCCCCAUCAGCCUCCCCACCGUCUGCUCUUCAUGAUGCCCACUUCACUUCCGCUGCGGCUUUCUCGAGCGGAAAAGGCCCAACGGACAGUCGCAAUGGACGGAUCCGUCGACGCGCCGUGACGCACUCGCCGUCCUCGUUCCUCUCCUCGAACCAGACGUCGACGGCUACACGGAGCGAUCCUGCCUCGCAGAAUCGCGAGUCUGCGUCUUCCACUCCUACGCCUAUCUCUCGCUCUCAACCUCGCAGGAAGUCCCUCGCGACAGCGAGCUCUGCUGCCCACAGGCAUGGAGGGCGGCCUGCGGCUUUUCCUCCAGCUUCCUCUCCGCACCGUCCAGACGUCGCCGCACUUCACGCUUCGGAAAGGGCGUCCCCCGAUAUGCCCCAUUGGGCCGACAGUCCCGCCCCGCUCAUCUACCGCACCAGCAAAGGCGACCUCGACUACGGCGACGCCACGUCGGGCACGCGACCACUUCGACCUUCCGACCGCGUGCUACCUGCAGUAGCGCGCAGACUCGAAGCCGAACGACUCAGAGCCCUCGCGCAGGGCGAUGAGGGGGCGGCACAUCGCUUACUCGUCAGCGAAUGGGGAGCGGACGGAUCGCCUAGGCGGGCGGUUGAACUGCAGGUUGUGCCGAAGCGCGAGCGACCAGAACCGAAUUGUCAACGGGCGGACGCCAUCGAAGCAGCCGUCGACUCGGGUCCUUCGCUCGCAGCCCCUUCUUCCCCUCCGUCCACCUUGAGUACGCCGGCGGCGAUCCAACAAACCCGCCUGCCACCAGCUUCGAUCGUUCGCGAUAGCAGCGUCCGUCGCUCAGACCAGCCUGCGCCUCCUCUUCUCGCCAAGACCGACUCCAAGCAACCUCCAGCGACCGCACACCCUGCAUUCGACAAACCGGUCGUUGGCGUCCAGCCGUCACCUCCUCUCGUCGAUUCCGGCCACGAUGCUCAGGAAGCCGGCUGCUGCCGCUGUGUUGUCUCGUAG